UAUAUUUUACUUUUAAAUUUUAUAAUUGAAAAAAUAUUUUAAGAAAACAACACAAUAUAUAAGAAUUAUCUUAUUUUAAAAAAAAUAAUAUUAUUAAUAAAAUUUCGUUUUUGAUUAUAUAAUUAAUUAUAUAUAAAAUUUAUUAAGGGUAUAAACGAUAUUAACCGCUCUAACUUUUAACGUGAGAGCUUGAUUCCAAAAAUUUACUUCGCAAAUAAUAGUAUAGAUCUGAUUUUGUUAUGAACAAGACUAAAAUGGCACUCUAGACUUUUUUGAGCAAUUCUUUUUUCUGUAACACGAUUUUUUUGGGUAAUCCAUUAGAAGAAUAUAGGUGUUGAAUAUUUCAUCACCCAAUAUGUAUGAUGAAAUACAAAUGCAAGAGUGGAACACUAAUCACAUCUUAAACCUGACUAAAAACAUGAGCUCCUCAAGACCUCAACAAACAAAAACAUAAAAAGUACAAAAGAUGAGACACUCCAAAUGUACAUCGUGGAGGAACAAUCUCGGACUGUAUUAAUCCAGUCUAUAUGUGAGGAAUAUAGUAGGCAAUGGUGAUGUAAGCUCUGGAAAAAGGAGUUUGUUCGUACUUGAUGUAUCAUGAAGCAGAGAGUGAUUGGUACUCAAAUACCCUUGAUUGUGGUAGUCUCGGUCACUUAAGAAACGUAUACUCUUCCACAUGUAGUGAGGAGGUACGUGUUAUAGUAGCUCCAGCUGAAAGUUCUGACAAGUAACAAAAUAGUAUAAAAUAACCCUUAAUAAAAAUAAAGAUGCAGACGAGAUUCAGAGAAUGACCCAAUAAAAAAGGAAAUUUGGGCUAAAACUGUUCUGAUGAACGACCUAGAUUCUAACGCGUAAAAUAUGAUUCAGAGAUCCUUUGAUCUUGUUCUUGAAACACCCUUACUACUUUUCUAUAUAAUAUAUUAAAAACUGCAAAAAUAAAAGAAAAUCUGGAUAAUUUGGAUCUGAAUCUGAUGGGUAAUCCAAGCAUAAGAAUAGACAUCCAACUGCACGUCCCGAUCUAUGGAAUUGUUGUUUUGACAACGGAAAAAGGCUCCCUUAUGUAAAAGUAAAUAUCUGGCCAAUCAAGAAUUCGGAGAAGAUUGAAUUUUAUAGUUAUUCUCUGAAUGAUUGGAUACAGAAAACUCAGACACACAUGUCUGGAAAAAUGUGGCAUAAACAAAGAGUAGUGGGUAAAGCACCAAUCUCGCAGUGAAUUGGUGUAUGAUUUCCAUAUAAGUUUGACAUUCUCAAACUUUUUCUUUUGCUAGCUGGAACUCAGAAAGCAACCCGUAACAAAAAGUUCAAUACAUAUCAAAUCAAACCAAUAAAUGGGCAUAUAAUUAUUGAACUUAUCAAGAAUUGAACCUUUUUUAAUGUCUUAACAUAUUUGAUUCAGUGAUUUAUACGAGUCUAGGUAGGUUUAAUUUAUAUCAACCCACAAAUUUAUCAACAUUGCUCUACUUGUUAGAUGAUAGUUAUUACCAUCGAACUUGUAUUCAUUCUAAACCUCAUUUUUCUUUAGAAUAUAAUUUGUUCCCGGCCCUAAUCAGGGAUUUUAACCGAACCAUACUAACCUAACCAAAUCGAUAACUGGCACUGAAUCGAAGUGUCAAAUCUUUUAGUUUUAUUUAUAGUAUGUUUUGUGUGCUUCUCUGUGGAUAACUCAUUUGAAUACCAUAACAUAUAUGUAUGUCCAUAGCUCUGCUGAUAUUAUAUUUGUUUUUACCAUUUUGAAAAUUUGAUAGCUUUCGGCCUUCACCAUAACUAAAAACAUAACACUGACAUAGACAAAAAGCAAACUAGGUUGUGGUCUAGUGGUAAGAGGAUUUUGGGUUGCUAAGCAAUCCAGGUUUGAAAGCAUCACAUUAUAUUUUAUUUUGUGGCCAUGUAGAUACGGAGUCAUACAUUAAACUUCAUUUGAAUAUUCGGAAAGAAAAUCUAUCUGUGGACUGCAUUUCUCCAAUUUAGUAUGGGUUUUUCUUUAGACUCCGGUUACCCCCAAGUUAAAAAUAAAACUAACUUACAAUGGCUUCCAUCUAGGAGAUAAUGCAUGCACAUAUAGCCUCAGUGUGAAAACCGGUUUAGAAUAUGAAUGUGUCUUUUUCGGUCUAUUAUCCACAAAGUUGCUUUCAAGUUUUUUUGACUUGACCCACUCUUUUUGAAUAUCAACAUGACAACUCACUUUCAGACACACAGGCACAACAAUCAAUCAACCUGUUUAUGAGUUAAUAAUAAAUAAAUUAAACGUUAACACAUGAUAAAUUCCUAUAUAUCUUUGUAUGCAUGUAGUGUACACACGUAUAGUAAGAUUCUAAGGAAACAGAGAAGACAACACAAAGAAAAUGAGAUCCUUUACUCAUAGUCGCGGUGGCUCCUCCCCCUUGUCUGCCUGUUUCCACCCUUCCACCGCCGCCGCUACCAACGAAGAUACAUCGUCUUCUCUUCCAUCACCAUCAGCUACAUCGCAUUUUCCCGGCGACCUCCCAAACCCAACCACCACUUGCACCUACCACACUAACGUCGGCGUUUUCUUCCUCUCAUGGUCUCAGUCCUUCCUACGCCGCUCUCUCCACCUCCAUUUCUACCACUGCAGCUCCGCAAAUUGCUAUCUCCACUCUCCAGAUUGCUACAGCCACUCCGUCCCAUUCACUUUCAGACUAGAGAUCAAGCCUCUGACCUUCUGGAGAAAACAUGGAUCCAAGAAGAUAUCUAGAAAGCCUGAUAUUCGAGUCACGUGGGACCUGACUCAUGCAAGAUUUGGUUCAGGACCCGACCCGGUGUCAGGAUUUUACGUAGCCGUCCUUGUCUCCGGCAAGGUCGGUCUUCUGGUCGGAGAUUCUCUGAAACAUAGGCCCAAGAGACAAAUCUUGGUGUCGAGAGGUGAGAAUCUGUUUGGAAAUAGAGUGUACCAUACGAAAAUCAAGAUUAAAGGAAAAGUAAGAGAGAUCGGUAUAGAUGUUAAGGUUCAUGAUGAUGCUACUCUCCGGUUUAGCGUAGACAAUAAAAAGGUUUUAAAGAUUGAGCAGCUUCAGUGGAAAUUCAGAGGAAACGCUAAGGUCGUGAUCGAUGACCUGACUAUACAGUUAUCAUGGGAUGUAUACAACUGGAUGUUUGUCGACAAGGAUAAAGCUAAUCUGGUUAAAGUCCCUGCCGUGUUCUUGCUUCGGUUUGAGAAUCAAGAAGUGGAAGGGAACGAUGUGUUGAUGAUGAAGAAGCGUGAGCGGGACUACCUCGUCUUGGGGAAGGAGAACUCUCGAAUGCUGUCGUUUAGGGCGUCUUCGUAUGGUCACUGGUCUUCUUCGGUAAUGGAGUGGUCGACUUGUAAGGAGGAAGAUGAAAGGAGCUUUGGACAUAAGAGUUGGUUUUCUUUGGUUGUCUAUGCUUGGAGGAAGUAAAAUGACUCUUGGCAAUAGUUUCUUGAAAUCCCACCAUGGGUCAAAUAAGGAAACCCAAUAUACCAAAGAUUAGGUCACUUCAUCUAACUGGUGUUAUGGCUUUCCUAUAAAUUACUUGUGUAGUUGUGUAUAAUUUUUUUACUCUUAUAAAGAUAUCCAUCAUGUGUGUCUCUCUCUAUAAACAGAGUAUUACCAUUAAUAUGAAUAAUCUCUUUCUGUAACUUAAUAUGGUAUCAAAGCUUUGUCUUAACCUACUUUUUUCAAUCAUCUCUCUUCUUCUUGACAUAUUCUUUUCAAUCAUCUCUCUUCUUAUUUGCACCAAAUCUAGUAUUGUUGCUCCUAUCUUUAAUAACGCAGCUGAUUUGUCUACAUCAUGUGAAACAUGAAAAUAAGGUGCUGAGAAAACUAACUAAAAUUUGAGCUCUUUUCGACUCGAGUCUCAGAUUUUCCAUGACCCUCUUCUUUUUAAUCUCGUGAACAUGAACGUUCUUUGACAAUUUUAAUACAGCCUUAUUUUAACUCAAUUUUUUUAACUAAAAUUUGAUUGUUUAAACUUUUUAAUACAGCUUUAUUACAUUAGAUUGUACUCCUAUUUGUUUACCUUGACCUUGGCAUUAAAGAAACCUUGAGCAUAUGAGUUGUGCCAUUUCUUUAUUCUCGGACAAACUCCAACAUGAAGGUCUCUCCCAACUUUAAUUCAUUGGUUACACAAAAACAAUUUUUCAACUUGUUCACUGGUGAUAGUGGUAACAACGGCCAAUCUACUCCAUGUUUAUCUAGUAUAAUCAUCCAUCUUAGUUAUUUGUUUCGUCUCUCGCGAAGGGUCAUGAAAGUUUGCACAAAUUUCAAUCAUCCAUAAAGUACAACAAAAAAGAUUAAUCAAAUAAACCCUAUCAGCUUCCCUUCAGUCUGGCUCCUGCAAGGCAAAGAAAAUCAGAGAAAAACAUAAGAAAUCAAACAGAAGAAUCAGAGAGAAAGGAGAGAAAAAUUAGAAGAAAAUCAGGCUUGGGGAAUUAAUCCUUACCAACUUAUAUCAGCUUGGUCGUGUGUAAGAGCUGAAGGUAAGCCAUCUGGAUAAACCCUGGCAGCUUGUUCUGUGAUUUGAACUUGAUCCUACCUUAGCCUUUUGUUGUGCUACUCAGGCCAGUUGUGAGAUAAACUUUGUAUCAGCCGAGUUCACCAAUCCUUUGAGUUGAUCUAGUAAGCUGUUUAGUCUCUUGUUCACAUCAGUUUGUACUUAGUUGUGGUCGGAUCCUUUUUGAAUAGAACCGAUUGACUGAUUUGUUAUCCAACCAGAUCAGUUUGUGCUAAACCUUGUCCGGAUCAGUUUUGUCUUAAGCUUUUUCAAUUGUGUA